CUAAAAUUAAUUGAAAAGUUUCUUUUUAAGAAAAUAUUCGCAAGGGCAACAUGGUGCGACUAAUGUGACACUAAAAAUUCAAUAAAAUAAUAUAAUAAACAUCCAACCGUGAUUUCAAAUAAAGACUAAUAAAUAAAAUUUAAGUUACAGGCCACAGAUCAAUAAAAAAUGGAUGAAUAUUCACGAGAACCUUGCCCUUGGCGUAUUCUGGAUGAUUCUGGCGGCGCAUUCAUUAUGGGCGCCAUUGGUGGCGGCAUAUUUCACUCCAUAAAGGGUUUCAGAAAUGCUCCAAUCGGAUUUAGUAGAAAAAUGAUUGGCAGUUUAGCAGCAGUCAAAGAGCGAUCACCGAUUGUGGGGGGCAACUUUGCCGUGUGGGGUGGCAUGUUUUCAACCAUUGACUGCUCUCUGGUAUACUUACGGCAAAAAGAAGAUCCUUGGAACUCCAUCAUGAGUGGGGCUCUCACUGGUGGCAUUCUCGCUGCUAGAAAUGGUGUACCUGCAAUGGCCGGUAGUGCACUGGUGGGGGGCAUCCUGCUCGCUCUGAUAGAAGGCAUCGGCAUCAUGUUCACAAGGUUAUCAGCUGAGCAGUUCAAACCACAGCAGCCUAUAUUUGAGGACCCUUCGGUCCUCGGUCAAAGCCAGGGACAGCCUCAACAGUUCUCCUAGACUUAGACUUCUUGAUAAUUGAAUGUCAUUUGAAAGUUAUUUUUUGUUAACUGUUUCCUUUAUCUCUUACUAUCUUCCGACAUGUCAUUAAUAGAAAAUACAAUUGAUUUCAAUAUUAUUUUUAUGAUUAAAAUUAUCUUUCGAGUAUAAAUCUAUUUUAUUCGUAAUUUUCGAGUGACAUUCAACUAAUUAAUAGGAUAGUUGGGAUUGUGCAGUCUUAAGUUACUUUGUGGGAAGUGAAUCUUAAAUAUAACUGUCUAUAUUUAUAUCUACUACUGCACUGAUUACACCUAAAACUGAAGGUUUUCUCUGUACUCUUCAACUUUAGACUGUAUGGUUAGCUGAAUUUGAAUUUAUUUCAAGUAGUCUGAAUUCUAACCCCUCCCUAGAUGAUUGAGUGGAUUACGCAUCUGUGAUAUUUUCAGUUCCGUACUGAUUGCUCUAUGAUUCACUCGAAACCGUUGUUGUGAAAUGCACACCAUAUUUUGUUCAAAAGUAACAGAAUUAAUUUAUCAUUAUUUUAAAAACGAUUUCCAUAGAAUAUUGCAUGUUCUAGUCACUUUUGACUUAUUUAUUUGUUUCCUAUAUGGUUGGAAGUGACGUGUGGUUGUUACUUAAAGGGUUGGGUUGUGCUUGGCCAAUAGUAAUGAAGAUAAUAUUUAUUCCUAGUCUUCUGAUUGGUGUAAACACCCAAUGUUGGAAAGUAGCAACUAUUGUUUGUUAUAUUAUUGUACCUGUUCCCAUGCAAUAUUCUAUGUAAAUAAACACUUUGUAAUCAGAAGUUAAAAAAUAAAACUGAUUUUUACAACAA